AUGUCCACGCAGCGGCUGCGACCGUCAGGGCUAUUUUCAUUAUGGAAAAGCCCGCGACGGAAUUCUAUGGCUAUCUACUCAAUACCUCGCGGGUUUACGGACAUGCGCCAAACCUCACCGCCCACAGGAUCCUCCAUACACCACGAAACCGCAUCCAGAAACGAAAGGAGCCGAGACACCGCCGGCGUCAAUGACCAGAAAGAUGAACCGAAGAUGGGUUAUGACCCCGAGCGCAUGACGCGGGAGCGGUCCGAACUAUUCGAACUCUUUUCGCUGUCCAGGAUUCCUGAUCCACGCACGGACCUAGGUGUCAAGAUUGAUGAACUGGGCCAAUUGCAGAUCACAGAUCCUGUUGAGAGUCGACGAAAACAUAAAACUGCCUUGGUACUGUCCGCUGUGCCGAUUUCUCUGGUUGAACGUGAUUUCAGGCGGCUCCUUGACCCGGGAAAACAUAUUGAAGGGUGGACAAGCGGUGGCGGACUGGAAGAAAUCAUCCCAGCACGAGACCCUCAAACACUCCGUCGUAAACACGGUUGGAUUCUUAUCUUUGCAACUCCUGCCGCAGCACAAGAAUACCAGGCUCGCAUUCACAAUCUGCGAGUCCUCCUUCGCCAUCAUCUACCGAUAACGUCUGAAUCAAAACUACAACUCCCGCCGGCCUAUACUGUUCACGGCUCUCGCGGCUUCACACUUCAAGACUACACGAUCAGUAGCCCUUGGCAAUACCCAUCAGUGCUCGCUUACCUUGCGCCAUUCAGCGGCCAUUUACAAGAAGUCAUUAAGACACACAACAACAUCCUCGCCCAAAAGCAAAAGGAACGCCGAACAUACCCCGUCCAAAUAUCCCUCGACACCCGCCAGAUACCCAAUAUAUCCACACGGCAUAUCGUCUCCUUCGUUCACUGGGAUGCUGAAAAUCGCAGAGUACCGUGGCGCCUCGCUGAAACGCUGAGGCCUAUCUCCCCUCUAACGAACGAUACGCCGCAUAGGAUCUUGGAUUCUGAAGAAGACGCCAAGAUUCUGAAUGGAAUAGGCAACUGGCGCAUUUUGUUUGAGAACUCGUCGGAAGCAAGAAGAUUUGUGCGGACCUGGCACCGGAGGCCGUUGCCGAAAUUUACGGGAUUACCGAACUGCGACCCUCCGCCACUGCUGCAUGUUGAGUGUUUGUUCCGGGAUGGGUAUUGA